AUUUAAAAGACGGAAAUAACAGAACAUCAAAGAAAUUGUUUAUUUUGAUACUGGAGAAAAUUUAGUAAUCAAGCGAAAAUAUGUUUUUCUUAAUUGGAGGCAGUAUAGCGAGCCUACACAUAAAUUAACAAGUUUCAGUUUCAAAUAAUGUUGACAUUAAAAAGCGUAUUUCUCAUUUGUCUCAUUCAGGUUGCUAUGGGGAGGCCUGGAGAUUUGGACUUUUCUUCCAGUAGUUGGAUUUCUAAAAUGGUGCCUGGUCAGACAGUUUCCAGAACAGUUGAUGGAAAUGAGUUCAAAAUUACUGGGGAUGGCAAAACAGCCAUCAUCAAUGGGUUCCCUGUUACUGAAGCACAGUGGAAUGAGGCUAUUGGAGGAAAGACGGUUCCAUUAAAGUCAGAGGAUGGAAAGGAGGGAGUUUUAUCAUCUGAGAAUAAGAAUGUAAAGCUAGAUGAGAAACCAAUAUCAGAUGGAAUGAGCAUAUCAAUGAGCAUAUCAUUCAAAGGUCCUUCAUCCUCUUUAUCUAGCCUCCUAGGAGAAGAAGAAGCUUCCAAAGAUGCAGCUAAAGGUAAUAAUGACAAUUCUUCUGCAGUUUCUUCUAAUGCAGCCUCCUAUGGAUCCCACAGUGAUGGAAGUUCUGAAAAUGAUUGGGAUUUUACUUCUCCCUCCUGGAUCACAAAACUUGGGCCAGGACAAACACUUGUCAGAGUUGUUGAUGGAAAUGGAUUUAUUAUUAAUGGAGAUGGUAAAACAGCAACAAUUAACGGAUUUCCAGUUACCGAGAAGGAGUGGCAAGAUGCUAAAAAUGGACAACCAGUCACCUUAAAAUCUGGAGAUAAGGAGGCAAAACUAACUGUGUCUGGAAAAAAUGUGUCAUUGGAUGGGAAAUCAAUAACUGAUGGAGCACAAAUUGCUAACUGUAUGUCUUUGGCUUCUUCUUCACCAGCUAAUACUUCUUCAGACAGUUCAACAACAGCUGCAUCAACUGCUUCGAAUGAAACAACUGCAACUCCUGUAACACCAGCUCCUAGUGGAUCAGAUGCAUCAUCUACAGACUUGGCAAUCUUCAAUUUGUUUAAAUCUUUAGACGAAAAUACAACUUCACCCAGUGGGGAUUCUUCAAAUGCAGACAAUAAUUCAACUUCAACAAAAGGGUAUUCUGGGUCCUCUUCACAUACAGGCAUGCCAGGACUUCCACCAAAUCUUGAUGCUGAAGUUGAUUUCACCACCUCGGACUGGAUAACCAAAAUGGUUCCAGGACAAACAAUUAAUAGAAACGUGGAUGGAACUGACUUUAAGAUUUCUGGAGGAAACAAUACAGCUAAUAUUAAUGGGUUUCCGGUCACUGUAGACGACUACAAGAAGGUAUUGGGUGGGGAGAAUGUGACUUUGAAAGCUGAUGGGAAGGAGGCAGUUCUAUCUGGUUCUGGGAAAAACAUAAUGCUGGAUGGCAAGUCAAUUACAGAUGGAUCAACUAUAUCUAUGGGCAUGUCAUACAGGUCUCCAAUGUCCCCAAUGGCAGGUAGUAUGCUUGAAGGCCUUGGAGCAGGCCCUUCAAGUGGCUCAUCAUCUUCUUCAGGAUCAAGCUCACAUGGAAUGAAUGAUGAGGAUACCGAUUAUACAACAUCAACAUGGAUUACUAAAAUGGUUCCAGGUCAAACUAUUACACGUAAGGUUGAUAACAAUGAGUUUAUUAUAACCGGAGAUGGCAAAACUGCCAUCAUCAACAGCUUUCCUGUAACUGUGGCUGAAUGGGAUACUUUGGUGAAAGGACAAGAAGUUACACUGAAGAAAGAUGGAAAAGAAGCAAAAUUAACCUUUAAAGACAAAAAUGUGAUGAUGGAUGGAAAAUCUAUAAAUGUUGGAUCUACAAUAUCGGUGGGAACCAAGUUUGUGCACAGUGGUUAAAAAACAUAUUUAUUAAAAAAUAAACAUGUAAAGUCAGA